AUGUUGGAUUCAGAAUCCUCUUGCCGCGAAUUCCUCCGAACUCAGGAUGGAGAUACAAUCGCCAAGCAAAUCCAACGUGACCAAGAGCUUUGUACGGCCCAAAAGCUCCCUAGCAUCUUGGCUUUAUACCUCCCACCCGCUGGAUCCAAGUUAGGAGAUGAGCUUGCCAUGCGGUUGAAUCCUGACAUAGCCAGGUACGGUCGAUCCAUCAGCAGAGUUCAGUACACAGGCACAGUGCAGAGCAUCAAAGCAUAUCUGGACCAUAUGAGUCACCAAUCGAAGGGGAGACUGCCGACUGUCUCAAUCGGGCAAAGAAUGCCCUCACGAGAGGAUUUUGAGACAGCUUUGGAUGUUCUAGACUUUUGUAUCAAGAGUCAAGAGUUUGAUGGAGUCAACCUUCGAACCUCAUCCGGGGAUCUUGUGCGGGUUCUGAACAACUAUCUGCAUUCCAAAAAAUUAGAGAACGAAAUUCAUAGCACAAAUUCAACCAGCCAAUUAAUGCAAAGGCCAACAGAAGAGAAGAAGUGUUAUACCUGUCAAUACCUUCUCGUCUCUCGUCACCCACAGUAUCACUCGCUCUGUAAACAAUGCGGGGAUUUCAACCUUGCAUCCUCUGGCUUGUCACUACCCGAAAGCUUCCAUCUUCAUGGAAGGACUGCUUUGGUAACAGGUGCGAGGGUACAUCUGGGAUAUCACACAGCACUCCGACUACUUAGAUGUGGUGCAAAAGUCAUCGUCACCUCUCGAUAUCCGUGUGACGCAGCCACUCGAUAUCUGUCUGAACAGGACUCUGAAUCAUGGCAUGAACGGUUGAGAAUCGUCGGAGCUGACUUCAGGGCAGCAAGUGACGUCUUUUAUCUAGUGGAUGUUAUCAGGAAGCAAUUGGGAGAAUGGCAUCAAAAGGGAAAAGGGAAACUGGAUAUAUUGAUCAACAAUGCGGCGCAGACUUGGACGGACUCUUUGGAAACGGAACGGAAGGCUGUCCAAAGAGAGGAACACUUGACAUUGGAAGGGGCCAAUGACAGGCUGUUGCUCAUAGAUUCAAGUUAUCAGCCACGGGUUCGGGGUGAAAUUCCAAACUCGCGGAUGCUUGAAUUCGGGUUCAAAGGGGAUACAUCCUUGAGAUCUGCGUUGGCCACCUCAACGGAUGCUUGUACGACACUAGCUCAACAAUCAGAAGAGGUCACUCUUUCUACCAAACCCGCGGAUUCGAAAACCUCAUGGAUGCAGUCUAUCUACGAGAUUCCCUACGAAGACGUAAUCACCGCCCACUCUGUCAACACCUUCGUCCCUUUCAUCCUCGUUCGCGAAUUGCUUCCCCUUAUGGGCUCUCCUCGCUCACAAGUAGACUCUCAACCCAAAAUCCAAACUUCGAAGCCCGAGGCAUACAUCAUCAAUGUCUCAGCCCGUGAGGGUGCGUUUGAACCUCGUCCAGAUCAUUGGAACAAGAACGGUCGUCAUGUGCACACCAAUCUCGCCAAGGCAGCGCUCAACAUGCUCACCGAGACGGAGGCUCAGCCUGCUUGGAGGCACAGGAAAGUUGCGAUGAAUUCUGUGGAUCCCGGUUAUUUGAGCGCAGCCCCUGAGAUCUUGGAGUCGUGGAAGAGGCAAGGAAGGGAGGAGGGGUGUCCAAUCGGAUGGGAAGAUGGAGCUGGGCGAGUGUUGUGGCCUAUUGUGAUGGGCGAGAAGGAGAACAUAGUGCGGGGCAGAUUCUUGAAGCAUUUUGAGAUUGACCUUGUGGUUGGAAGGUGA